AUGUACGACGGUCCUGUUAGAGGAGGCACUCGCGGUGGACAGGGUGAUUUUAGAUGGUCUGCGGUCGCAGAUGACAAGCACAGAGAAAACUACCUUGGACACUCUAUCAACGCCCCAGUAGGCCGCUGGGCCAAAAAUAAGGAUAUCCAUUGGUACAAUCGCGAUGUCGAUGACGGCGACACAGAACGGGCUGCUCGAGAGCGGGCGGAAGAGAUUGCACGGGUCAAGCAGCAAGAGGAAAAUGCAUUGGCAGAAGCUCUCGGCCUGCCGGUAACAAAGAGAGACCCGGAUGCUAUUGGGACUGGAGCGAACGACGUGCCGGUGAAGAAGAGCGAAAAGGAUGAGGAGAUCGAGAGACUGGAGAAGGAGGAGAGGAAGAGGGAAAAGGCCCUUCGCAAAGAACAACGUGCGAUGAAGCGUGCCGAGAAGGAAGUGAAGCGUGACCACAAAGACCACCAUCGCCGCUCAGAGUCCAGACGGCACCAUCGCGAUGACUCUGAGCGUGAUCACGACAGAUCCAGGCGCCACUACGAUUAUGAACGGGACAGACGUUACAGCCGUCGAGACGAUGAUACGAGAGAGUACCCGAGGCGGAGUGGCGGAGGGCCAGAGCGCGAGCGUGACGACCGAGACAGAGCGGGCGGGCGGUACAGAGACAGGCGGCGCGAACAUACGCCACUUUCGAAUGAUGCUCUGGUGAAACGCGAGAGGUCGAGUACACGCUCGCCGCCUCGACGAGACAUUGAGCGAGAGAGACCGAGAGAGGCGCGUGAUCAUGGAGGCCAUGGCAAAAGGCCUGUGAAAGAGGAGCCGUUGUAUUAG